CGUUCCGGGGGGAGCCGAGCGGUGUGCUCGGGAUGGGAGAAACGACGAGAGAAUUGCCGGGCAAGCGGAACGGAUUUGCCGAGGCGUGCGGUCCGAAGGUGCCGGGAGCGGAGCUGGCUGCCGGUCCCGUGCCUCCACGCUUUCUUUGGACAAAGUCCCGUGGUGCCACGCAGCGCUUGGAAACGGGGAGAAAGAGCGCAGCGGCAUCACUCAGAAAAAGUUCUGUGCUGAUGGCCCUGGAUGUGGCAAAGUCGCUCUCUGAAGCCUCGCUGAGCCAGAAGGCCAAAUGCUACAGAAGUUGGGACUGCACAGACAGACAGAUGGACUGCCUGGAGCUGGCCAGCAAUGUGCACCAGCUUUUGGGUGCAGAGGAAGCCAAAGCCACCCUGAACGACUCGGAGAGCCUGGCAGUGAGUGGACGUGGUGGUUUGGCCACCGGAGUUACAGCCACAUCCAGAUUGCCUGGAAUGAAAGCAAACCGCCUGGAGAGACGGCCGCUGACCUACGGAGCUGACCACAGCGGUGAUUCAUCUCACUGUCUUGGCCACUUGUCCUUCCUGGAACAGCAGCAGAACUCCACAGAGGAAAAUGCCACUGCCAGCAUCCAUCGCAUCUCUUCCAGGCACUGGAGCCAGGCACCUUGGUCCCCGUCCUCCAGUCCCCCGGAGUCCUUGCCUCAGCAAACCCUGCCCAGCCCCAAGAGCCCCAGGCAGAGCCACUCCAGAUCAAGCUUCUCCACACUCUCUUUAGAGGAAAACAGCAUCUCUGAGCAGCAGGAAGGGAGGCGGUCCCAAAGCUCACCAGCCAGCCUGGACACACCUACUGCAGCCACCUGGGAGCUGUGCCACCAGCCGGGUGUGACGGGAGGUAGGACAACGGGAGUUAGGACAACAGGAGGUAGGACACUGCAGGCACGCAAGGCCCUCAGUCCCUUGCUGCGUGACUGUGCCGCCAUGGAGCGUGUCAGCAAGAUGUCCUCCUAUCAGGCUGAUUACUGGGCAUGCGCCAUACCUGAUUCAUUACCCCCAUCCCCGGAUCGUCAGUCUCCCCACUGGAACCCCAAUAAAGAGUAUGAGGACUUGCUGGACUAUACAUACCCGCUGAAGCCAAAGUACAAGCUUGGGAAGGUGCCGGAGCCUUUAUUCCACGACUCAGGAGUAGAUCUGGACAGCUUCUCUCUGUCUCCUGAGGGCACUUUCAGAUCCACCAGCAUCUAUGGCCUAGGUUGGCAGGAUCAAGGAAGGAGAGAGAAUCAGCAUCAGGGGGCUGUGGCUUCCACAAGGAGAAACUCCACACCAGUGGCUGGAAAAGCAGGCAAUGCGGGAGCUCUCUCUCGCUACGAACCUUCUCCCAUUGCAAAAGCAUCCUUGGCAAGGAGCGCUUCCUCUGCUGGCGCAGCAGGUCCUGCUGGAGGUUUUGCUAAGGGUUUAACGUUAUCCGGGUUAGCCAGACUGAGUUCAUUUGAUUGCCCUGAUGUGGAUGGGGGAAGCUGGUGUACCAGGAAUCCCUUUUCCAGUCACAAAGGAAAGGUGAAAAGCGCUGAGAGGUUUCUGCCUACAACACAAGUACUCCCCUUGAGAAGGGAGUGGGACGGUGAUGAAGAAUUCCUUUCCCUGCCUCCCCGGCUCCGGGAGCUGGAAACAUUGUCUCAGAUUUUGUCUGAUCUUUCCUUAACUAUAAGGACACCCAGGCAAAGCCACUGGGACUCUCCACCUCGCAGCAAUGGCCUGGAGUCUAAAUGGGCUCCUUUUGGAAAAGUGGGCAGCAGGGACCAAAGGCAGAGAACUGGAGGCCCUGCUGGGCUCUGUCACCCCUACGGCUGGGACAGCACUCAGCCAAGCAGCAGAAUCAACAGAGACCCUCUGCACAGACCGCAUCUCCCUGCCAGCAGCAGGGCUGUACUGGAGGGGACACGCCUGAGCAGGCUGCACGCUGCAGGCUGUCCCACAGAGGGGGAGCAGUGGAGUGAGUCUCUCACCCAGUGCAUUAAGGUGUUUUGCCACCAGCUGGAGGAGCUCAUCUGUUGGCUGUAUGAUGUGGCUGACACGGCGGACGGCUGGGUGCCUCCUAUGCCUGAUGCUGCCAGCGUGAGGGCAGCGCUGCACCGUUACCUGGAGUUCAGGAAGGACGUGGCCGACCACCGGAGCCUGACAGAGAGCGUGCUGCAGCGUGGAGCUGCUCUGCUUGAGUGCAUGGCCUCCAAUUCGCCAGCCUUAAAGGACACGCUGGGUUUGAUCGAGAAGCAGUCAGAGGAGCUGGAGAACCACGCAGAGCGCCUGUACCAGUCGGUCCUGGCUGCUGUGGGUCCUGUGCAGGGGGAGAGCAGCAGCAGUGCACAGCAGGCAGCAGCUCAGGCACCAGAGGCCCAGUGGUCGAGCAGGGUGCUGCCUCCAUCAGAGCUGAGCUUCAUCAGCCAGGCUCAGGAGGGCUGAGCAGAGCGACUGCACAGACAGCUCCGCAGGGAUACCGCUGCUGCGCUGGCCAACGUGGGCCCAUUUGGUUUGGUUUUUACUGUAGCCACAGAAGGGCAAGCUGUACAGCAGUUGCUUGGCUCCUGGCAUUGCUGUUAUUGCUAAGCUGGGGAGCUCUACGAGUGAGGAAAGUACAGCUCCCCACCUCCUUCUUUAUUGGAACGUAGCUUACUCUUUUAUUGCAGUGCUCUGUCCUACGUGGCAGGAGCACAUUUUUUUAGCUGAGUAAUCCAUAGUGUGCAGUGCAACUCACACCUAAGUAAAGCUGUGUGAUUCUAA